CACAAGCAAAAUCUGGGUGUAACAGCAGAAUUCUUCUGAAUUCUGAAGCCCAACCCACACAACUAGAGAUGGACAUUUAGUUGGAAGUAAAUCCCUUUAAACUGAGGGGCCCAGUUUCUGUAUGAACAGGUCUGUGAAUAUCAGCAUUGCCACUGCAUCCUUGGUACUUGAAGCCUGAAGUCCCACGCAGAUGUGGAGAUGCGUGGCUGCAUCUCUGUUUUUCUAAUGCAUGCAGGGGGCAGAGAGAAUUCAGAUCAGGAUUGUGAAUUCUCUUAUUGAUUAUGGAAACAAAAGCCUGUGCAUAUACAUACUUUACCUGCUGAGGGAAACAGUAGCUUUAUAUGUGAUUUUCAUCAGGGAAAAUAUUCCCGAAGGAAAAAGUUGAGCCCCUUCUUGCUCACCCCUCACCCCCGCUAUGGCCCUGUCGGUUCUGGUUUGGCCUGAAGCCAGACUGAAACAAGGUAAAGGGUUCUCUGUCUGCCAGACCUCAGGAACAAAGAACCAAUACAUUGGGUCAAUAUAUGGCCUUAAUUGGCCAGUAUCAGGUUGACAUGGUUUCUGUUGUCUUUGGCAGGAAAGGGGUUAACAGCCAGGCACUGGCUCUCAAAGGAGAGUCAUUCUGCUAUUGUCUGCUCAGGCAGGUAGGGAGAGUGUGCAAGGCUAUUCACCAGAGAGCUUGCUAGCAAUUUAAAAUAGACUUGCUGCUUUCGAGCAGGCAUUUAAAAAAUAAAUCCAUAGCUAGCAUUAAAGCAAGUUUCAUAUCUGUCAAUGGAGAGUUAUGCAUGGAUUUAGAAAUAGUCCUUUUUGCACACAGCAUAAUCCUAGCUAUCCUGCCUGCCAACAAAUUUUAUCCUCCUGCUUUUUCCUCUUGGAGUUACAGUCACUUCUACAUAGUGCAGGCCUAAACACACUAAGCACAACCAAAUCAAGAUCAUGGGGCACAGUUUUAAGAGCUCAACCACAGUGUGAACGGUGGGAAGAGAUAAAUCUGGCCAGCUUCAGAGUGUCUUUCAUUGCUCCACAAACUGCAGCCCAGAGAUGAUGAAAAAACCCACUCUAUAUGCUUCAAAAUGGCUUUGUCAUGACAGCAUAGAUUUACUCUGGAAGACCAUGACCAUAAUCUGUGAGAAGAUUGUUUAGCCCAGCAGCAUUGACACAUCACAAUAGGUUCUCUGGUGGACAAUGUUUCUACUUUGGAGAAAAACCUUUUACUGAGAUGUUUCUGCUGACGGCUGCUGUGUCGGAAGUCUUUCUGCUUUUGGGCUGGGCAUGGAGAUCAGACUGCAUUUGCACACCCACCACUUAUUAUAAGAAUUGUUGGAUUCGACGGUUCCCGGGCCUUGCAGUUGAUCUGGAGCGUUCACAGAGAAGAGGGGCCUACAUUCUCAAAGUCUACACAGAAGCUACAGCCCAACAAUGCAGCCGGACCUGCUGCCUCCUAAAGAAUGUUUCCUGUAACUUGGCAGUUUUCUAUGGUGAAACCAAUAAUCAGAGUCUUAACUGCCUGCAUGUUUAUUGCCCAGCGUUGGAGAGCUGCAUACUGAGGCCUUGGAUCAAUGUUGUGUUGUACAACAUCACACCAGGGGUUGAUCCGGAUCUUCUUGUGUUUGAGAAACUCUCUUUCAAAGAUAUGAAUACCAGGUCCUCUCUUAAUAAAUGGGAAGUGCAUGGAAGUGCAAGGGUUGCCAAUUUAGAAAAAUGCCAGAAUUCAACAACCAGUUCAAGGUACCUCCUUCCUGAAUCCUUAUCUUCUACAGUGGUCCAAGAGCUGGUAAGUAACAGCAGCAACACAAGUACUGCACCUGCCCCAGUUCACAGGUCUCCAUCCAGCACAUAUUUAGGACCUGCAGAUGCACCACUGAAGGACUAUUUUACUAAAGUGGCAAACACCUCAGAAAAGAAUGGUUCAACAGCCAUGUCUGACAAUGCAACUGUACUUCCUAGCACUGCUGUUACAUCUAUCAAGAUAUUAUCACACAUGCCCAGCCCAGCCCAUCUGAACAGCAGCAAACACUUGAACGAAACCAAGGUAUACAGUGGCAGGAAUUACACAUCAGACAAUGAAGACCAGAAAUCAGCUUGGGAGGAAGUAGAAAGGGGGAGCUGGCUGCUUCCGGUGGCACUCUGUUUUUCCUUGACUGUGAUUUGCUGUUGCACUAUUAUUCUUGCAACUGGGUGCCAUCGAAAGAGGAAUGGUCGGUAUAAACCAAGACGGAGAGGUGAAUCCAGACGGUUCAUUAGAUACACUAUGGUUAAAAAUAGCUUUUAAUGGUAAAUAUUCCAAAUCUAGAGUAAAGUGAAGGCUAGAUGAUGAAUAUGUAAGAGAAGAAAAGGGAACUCUGCAAUCCUAUACAUCUCCACUCAGAAGACUCAUUGAUAUGUGUUUGGGACUGAUUAUAGGUAUUUUGAGUACUUUGUCAUUAAACUAGAUCGGAGAUA